AUGUCAACAACAGCGAGCGUGGUGACUCUUGCCUCUGACAUCUCGCAGCUAGCACCAUGCACCGACUUGGGAGUCAACGCAGGCCCUUUGCCCGGAUCUCAGGCCACCGCAUAUGAGAUUGCCCCGACUCUAGCCGACAGCUUCGAGUGGAACGAGCAAGAGGUAUCAUGGGGCACGUACGAUCCAUCUCGUUUGUCGAGUAUGGAUUCUCUCAAUGGGGACUCUACUCAAACCAUCAUGGAUGGCAUGGCUGCCCUGACUGUGGGCGACCACAACAGAGGUUACCUGGGUGCGGUUUCCGGGGCCGCUUUGCUACGUCAAAUCCUCUCAGCCCACCCAGACGGAGAAGAAGUUGAUGUGGAAGUUGCACUGCAUCAGAUCGAGUCUCUGUUCCAACAGCACUCAGAUCACUCCCGCUGGUUUCGCACCCAGGCCAUGCUGACCCGGGUGGCAGUAGAGAAUCUCAUUGACGCCUUUUUCGCCCUCUAUCAUUCCACGUUCCCAAUCGUACACGAGCCCACCUUCCGGGCGCAGUACGCGGGCACCUUGCCUUGCACCAACAAGGACCACUGGAAUAUUCUCUCAAACAUUCUUGCGGCGCUCGGGUCGUUUGCAAGCAGCAACGCCGCCGACGCCACCGAUUUGCCCAUCUUCCAGGCGGCGCAGAAGAGCCUGCUAUCAGACAACCUCGAGGUUGGGAACUUGACCCUUGUCCAGGCAUUUGGCCUAUCAGCAAACUAUCUGCAAAAGAGGAACAAGCCCAACAGCGGGUAUAACUAUGGCGGCCUGGCACUCCGGCUGGCCAUUGGAUUGGGCCUUCACAAGGAGUUUGAAGGGGACAGCAUCUCGCCUCUGCAGAGGGAAAUCCGGCGCAGAGCAUGGUGGUGCCUCUGUGUCCUCGAUGUGGGUGCCACCAUCACCUAUGGCAGACCACUAAGCUGGCCGCAGGCCGGUGUUGAGGCAGCCCUCCCUCAGAAUAUCCACGAGAAGGAUCUGACAUCGGCCUCAACUUGUUGCCCACCAGAGGUGGAUGGCGUGACGGAAUACACCUACAUCCGGGUUCAAUCCGCCUAUCACCUCAGCACAAUGAGCGUCUACAAUCGCCUCAUCACGAGUCCCUUCCCGUCAGCUGCGGAGCUGAUUGCUCUGGACGACGUAUGCAUCGGCUCUUGGCUCGCUCAAGUGCCCCACUACUACUUUGCCUCGCCUCCGCCUAAAUCUGAACACGCGCUCGGCAUUGGCAUCUCGAAAUGGCGAUACAGAAACCUCAGAAUCGUCAUGUACCGCCCCUUUCUUGUCCGAUGGGCGCGAGCCUCAUCCUCAAACACCCAGCAGAGCUCAUUAAGUAUCGAAAACCUAGCCGUCUUUAGGUGUCUUGAUGCCGCCAAGGAAACCAUCACGUCGAUCCAAGGCUAUUGGGCGUCUCGGUCUCACUCCAGGCUCGCGGCGUGGUAUAUCUUGUACUUUCUAUUCCACGCAACUUUGAUUCCUGUCCAUUGCCUAAGGCAAAACCCUCGUCACUCACUCGCGCCUGACUGGCGCUCACAAAUCACGACGUCGUCGGCCAUCAUGGGCGCCAUGGCGGAACUGAACCCCAACAGCUCCAAAUGCCGCGAUAUCAGCCUCAAGCUUUGCUGGCCACACCUCGACGAGGAAGGCGCGCACACCUACUGUGAUAGCGCGCCGUUUCUGACUGGUACGGCAGAUAGUGAGGCGGCGUCCAUCAUCAGCGGUUAUGAUACGUGGUGUGAGUUGAUGAGCAACACAAGCACGGGAGCACCGAUGUAUCAGUGGACGGACUUGCAUGAUCCGGCUCUAAAUUUCCUUAAUAAUGUCUAUUAA